AGAGUACCGGUACCAUCUCUCCAUGCCCUGGCCUAUCCCUUACCCCGUGGAUGUGCACCUUCACCCUGGUCUGGAACUAGUACCACCGCCUACAGUAAGGAGCAAGAGGAGAGAGCUGCCGCUAUCCUGUGAGAGAGGAAGGAGAGAAUGGAGAAGAGGGAACUGAUUAAGCAGGCCAACAUGCUGGUCCUGCUGGAGGAGCAAGAGGCAAAGAAGAGGCAGAUGGAGGAAGAGCUGAAGAAGUGGACGAAGGAGCAGGAGGAGAAGAUGGCGGCUAUACAAGUGGAGGUGGAGAAAGAAGAAGAAGAAAAGCAGGUGGAAGAAGAAGUACCGUUGGAAAGGAGAAGAGGUGGAGCCAGUACGAUUAAGGAGGAGGAGAUUCAAAAGACCACACAAGAAUGGACCGCACAUUUGGAGAUGGGAGAAGAUACGGAGGCCGAGCUGGCCAUACCCCAAGCAGAGAGAGAAGCGGCGAGGAGAGAGUUGGAAGCAGAGAGGGACCCGGUGAGGAGAAAGGCGAAACAGGAGGAGCAGCAAAGGGCAUGGAAGUGCUGCCUAUCUCAAGAAAGAAUUAGGCGUCUGGAAGCGGCAGAAAGAGCAGAACAAGAUCUAAAGGCGGCGGAGACUAGGAUGGGGAAGAUCAGGGAAGAGACUGAGAUAGCCACCAAACUCGAUACCCUGACCCAAAGUGUGGAGUCUUUACUCAUUGCACAUCGCGAGCAAACGCAGUACAUUUGCAGCUUAGAAGUAAAGAUAGAUGUGAUACGUGCUGGGUUUAAAGAUUUUGCGCGUGAUAUGAUGAAGUACCUGGUGGACCAGGUCCACCUGGCAAUUAGUAAGUCAAGGUCCCACCACGCCGUGUUAGCGACUCCUAAGGAAGAGGAGCCGUCCCCACCACGCCGUGAGAAAGUCAAGGCUCUUCGAGAUGAGGCGACCAGCUUUGCUAGGUCGCUCGCCCGCGCUGCAAAUUGCGAAAACGACAUGGUCACCUAUUCUAGACUGACACCCCUCUCUAAGUUCCUGAAAUCGCUCAGGGAGCGAUUCUCAGAUGUGACGCGGGGGCUCAAAGCCUCCGACAAGCUCCAAAUGAUACACACUCGCAAGUGGAAGAGUGUGCAUGCGCUCAAGUCCGCUAUGGACGAAUUGAUUGCGGUCCCUGGGCAUGGAGUAACGGAUGCCCAGCUUCUGAACCUCUUUUAUCGUGCCCUGCCUGAAAAUAUUCAGGGACACUUCUUUGAAAAGAAGAAUCAGCAGGGCACGACUUAUGACACUCUCAGUCCGGAGGCAGUUGCAUUUGCCGCCCAAACGUCGCUAGUUACCAUGUUCUGGCACAAGGACCUGUCAAAGGGAAAAACGUGGAAGGGACGCACCAUCUCCGACCAAAUUAAGGCCAAAGAUAGUUUGAUUCUGACGAUGGAGAAAGGUGGUGCAGAUGAGGUUCCCUACUCUGACAUCGAGUGGGGACUAGAGGAGCAAGACAGUGGCGUUGGUCAGGGGAGAACCUACGGGAGGCCGCAAGAAGGAGGACAAAAGUCCGGCCAGAAUGGUCGGGCCCCGAGUGGCCGAGGACAGGGCGGUCAGGGGGUUGGCAGCAAUGGUAACCGCCAAGCGGGAGGAAGGGGAGGUCCCCUGUCUAACCGUCCGCGUUUUAGUCGGUCACCUCCCAGACAAGGAUGGUGGCACCCAGGCCGGCCCGAGGGCCGACCCUGGGACGAUCUGGGCAUAGAGCAAAAAGUAUGGCAAUAAUGCAUCAACAGUUCUCAGUGCGUGUUCUACGGGGACCCAGGUCAUAUCAUCAAAUGUUGUCCCAAGUAUAGGGACCGUGCUGCAUCUGGGGCAGCAAAAGACGGUCGUCGGUAGGGGUCGCAACUGCCCCUACCCCACGAGAAUGUGGAUCUGAGCGUCCGCACAAAGUAGAGUCUCCCACUCCACAUAUCUCCAUGGCAGAGGUUGCAGGUCGGCAUCUAGUAGGUUGUCCAGAGACUGCUUGUGUUAGGGUCUCUCUAGACGUUUCCCUCACAGGCUUAGCUGAAGAGUUGAGAGAGAGGAGGCAAGCCCGGGCCAAGAUGAAGAAGAAUAGUAAAGGACAGCUUAUCCU